AUGGAUGAUGAUGAUGAUGCUUUGGAUGAUGAUGAUGAUGUUUUGGAUGAUGAUGAUGAUGCUUUGGAUGAUGAUGAUGAUGAUGAUGCUUUGGAUGAUUAUGAUCAUUUGGAUGAUGAUGAUGAUGAUGCUUUGGAUGAUGAUGAUGAUGAUGAUGCAUUGGAUGACAAUGAUGCUGCUUUGGGUGAUGAUGAUGAUGCUUUGGAUGAUGAUGAUGAUGAUGAUGCUUUGGAUGAUUAUGAUCAUUUGGAUGAUGAUGAUGAUGAUGCUUUGGAUGAUGAUGAUGAUGAUGAUGCAUUGGAUGACAAUGAUGCUGCUUUGGGUAUUUCAAAUGAAAUGGACAAUCAUUUGAAUCGAUCAGAAAAUUCCGAUAUUGAAAAUAUUGAUGAACUAUCAGAGCAGAAUAAUGAAUAUGAAACAAUAAAACAUUUUCAACAAUCAUUUAAUACAAACAAAUUCAUUAAAAAUAAAUCAUCUAAAUAUAAACAAUCUAUUUAUUGGUUAUGUUAUUGUUAUAAACCUAUUAUAACAAAACAAUGUAUAAAACGUCAAUAUAAUUAUAGUAAAACAAUUAUUGAAAAACAUAUUUGUUAUCCAUGGUUAAGACGUAUAUUUUUUCAUUUAUCUAAUUAUUUUCCAAAUCUUCAUACAACUAAAUCAUCAAAAUAUUAUCGAUCACAUAUUUGUACAUCUACAUCAUUACCAUGUACAUCUAUAACUACAUCUACAUCUACAUCAUCAUCAUCGACAACAACAACAACAACAAUAGGAAUUAAUCGUCGACAUAGUAACAAGUUAUCAAUCAAUAAAACUAUGUAUACCUAUAAUGAUAGAUCAUCAAUUAGAUUAUAUAAUAAUGAUAAUGAUAAUCAAUUCUUCUAUCCACAAAAUUCAAUUCAAUGUAUGAUAAAUUCAAGUGAAAGAAUAUCAAUGAAUGAUCUUAAUUCAUUAGAUAUAUCUUAUCUUACAGAAGAUCAUCAUCAUAAUAAUAUUAAAAACGAUAUCAGUAAUAAUAAUAAUAAUAAUAAUAAUAAUAAUAUAAAUAGGAAUAUUAAUAAUAGAUAUAAACGUAGACCAUUACAAAGACAAAAAUCGAAUGGAUUUAUUGAUUUAGAUAUUGAAUCAGAAAUUAAUUAUAGAGAAAGAUUAACUUCUAAUUCUUCAUCUGAACAUAAUAAUCUACAUAUACAUAAAAUUAAAUUAAUAACUCCUAAAACAGAAUCAUUAAUACAAUCUAUUGAACAUUAUCAAUUAAAUGAUAAUCUAAUUCAUGUUAAACAACAUAAUAAUCAACUUCAAGGAACACAUACAAUUUUAUCAACAUCUUCAUCAUCAUCAUCAUCAUCGAUUAUUGAUCAAAUCAAUCAAUCAAAAUCCAUUCAACCCGUAUUAUCUAAUCAUGAUCCAUCCACAGGAAUAAAAUCUCACCAUCAUCAUCAUCAUCAUCAUCAUCAUCAUCAUCAUUUACAAAGGAUCAAUAAUGAACAAAAUAUAAUUAAAUCAUCUGAUCUUAAUUUAAAUAAUAACAAUAAUAAUACUAUAAUAAAAUCAAUAAAUCGUCGAGCUUAUAUGACCCGUUCAGCUAAUUUAAUAUAUGAUACAUUAGAUGAACCAAUUGAUGAUAAUAAUAAUACAAUAAAUGAUCCAUAUAAAACAAUCUUAUCUACUUCUACACAAAUUUAUAAGGAUAAUAAUAAUAUGAAUUAUAAUUUAGGUUAUAAUGAUAUACCUGAAAAUCAAUAUUGUAUUCAAUUUAAAAGAGUAAAAGCUCGACGUACCAGUUCAAGUUCACAAAAUGAUUGUAGCAAAAUAAUCAAAAAUAGAACAUUUAAUAAAGAAUAUUCUAUACAUGAUUAUAAUAAUAAUAAUAAUAUUCAAUCAAAAGUAUAUACAUCGAAUGGUAUACAUGAUAAUUGUACAUUUAAUGAUUUACCACAUGAUCAUGAACCUGUAAAAAAACAUUUAGAAUCAUGGUUAAAAGAAACUGUUACUAGAACAAUACAAGGAAAAACUCUAAAUAAUCGAACAAGAAGAAUUCCAAUAUCUCAUGUAAGUAGUGGUGAAGAACAAAGAGUACCACCACCAGAAAUAGUUACACCACAACCGCAUAGUUUUGAUGGACCAGUAACAGAUUAUCAUCAAUCAUCUAUUGAAAAAUUAUUUCAUAAAAGUUUAAAUCAAUCAAUAGAUAGUUCACAAAUGAAAUCUUCAUUGAUUACUAAAAAUAGUAUGGAUGAAUAUUUACCUUCUUAUUAUUAUGAAAGUAUUCAUGAUAAACAACCAGAAAUUAUUGAUUAUCAUAAUAAUAAUAAUAAUAAUAAUAAUAAUAAUAAUAAUAAUAAUAAUAGAAAUAAAAUCGAUGAAAAAAUCAAUUUAUCUUUAUUAGAUCAUAAUAGAUCAUAUCAAAAUAAUAAUAUUAAUCCUAUAAACAAUCAUAAACAAUUGAAAUCAAUUCAAAAAUCAUCUAUUAAUCAAUAUAGAAACUGUACUACUAUUAAUCCUAAUAGUAGUAGUAGUAAUAAUAAUAAUAAUAAUCAAAUAAUGAAUGAUUAUACAGAUCAUACAUUACCAUUGAUGAUCAAUAAUGAUCAUUUACAAAGAAAUUGUGAUCAUUCACCUAAAGAAUCAGAUUGUAUAAAAGAUAAAUAUUUAUAUUCAUAUAAUCUAUCUAAUAAUGAUAAUCAUCAAUCAAUGAUGUAUAAUACAAAUAAUAUUAAUCCUAAUCAAAGAUAUAGUUUUACAGAGAAAAUCAAAUUAUCUAAAUCAUCAAAUAUGACAACAUUAUCAGAGAAAUAUCGUUUAACUCAUACUUUAUCUGAUGAGAAUAAAAAUAAACUAAUCUUAACAACAAUGAGUACUCCUAAUACAUCCCAAUCAUUACAUAAAUUAGUAAACAUAAAAAAAUCCCCUCAAAUAUCAAUGGAUCAUCCUAAUCAAUCAAUCAAUGAUACAUUAUAUAAAUAUGAUACAAAAUAUUCACAUAAAUUAGAUCCAUCAUUAUCAAUGGAUUAUAAUGUAUCACAUCAACCAUAUCAUAAUAUAUAUGGUGAAAGACGAUAUUCACAUCAUUUAAAACCAUUAGAUGCAUGGCAAAAUAGACAAUCACAUAGUAUGGAAAUUGUUUAUACUACACCAACUAAUCAAUAUUUAUCAUUAUCUAGUCCACAAAAACAUAGUCCAUUAUUAAAACAAUGUGGUAUUCGUAAACUUCCAGCUAUUUAUAGUCGAUCAUUACAACAUUCUACAUGUUCAUUUCCUAUUCAAUGGGGUGGUUUUCUUAGUGGACCAACAUUAUCUUUAACAUCAGCAUUUGAUUCAUCUAGUUUAACACCGGAUUCAUCAUUAAAUUAUAAACAAUUUUUUCAUAAUUCACUUGAUUCUCAUGAACCAACACAAUUUAUAACAGGAAUAAAACAUCAACAAUAUUAUCAUCAUUUAAAAAAUUCAUAUCAAGAUAAAUGUUUUAUUUCUCAAGAUCAUACUUAUUCACCUAUAGAAUCACCAAAAAAUCUUAGUCCAUUAGAAAAAACCAUUAAUAAUAAUAAUAAUAAUAGAACUAUUAAAAGUUUACAACAAUCACGUAUUAAUUUAUCACCAUGUCCAUAUAAUCCACAUCGAAUUACACGUAAAGUACAUAGUUUUGAAUUAAAUCCUAAUCUAUAUUGUCAACAACACAACCACCACCACAACCACCACCACCACCAUCAUCAUCAUCAACAACAACAACAACAAAAACAAUCACCAUCAUCAUUAUCAUCAGAUUUUAUGAAAAAUACUACAACAUUAUUAAAAGUAAAAGAUAAUCUAACAUUAACCCAAUCCAAUACUUCAUCAAGACGUGGUUCAGUAAAUAGUAAUCAUUCUAUAUUUCAAUGUAAAGAAUUAAAAUCAAAAUUAAAUAAUGAUAUAUUACCUAGUAGCAAUAAUAAUAAUAAUAAUAAUAAUAACCAUAGUAACAAUACAAUAUUCAAUUCUUCUACUUUAUUACAAAAUGAUAAAAUUAAACCAUUAGAAAAACUGAUACCACCAGAUUUAAUAUUUAGUCCAGCAUCAAGACGUGCAUCUAUGAUGGAUGAUGAUAUAUUAAAUGUACAACAUUCAAUGUUAAAUAAUACAACAAAUAAUCUACAUGAAGUUUAUUUAAUUAAUGAUAAUCAUAAUUCUAUACUAUUGAAUGAUUCCAUUCAAUUACAUCAUCCAAAUAUGAAUGAUCUAAAUGAUCAGAAUAAAUUAAUACCAAAUAAUUUAUUACAAUUCAAUCAUUCUAAUUCAUUAUCUUAUCAAAAUUUAAAUUACAAAUAUAAUCGACAUAAAUCAGCUGAUACAUAUUUAUCACCAAGUAAAUUAAAUAAUUUACAUCAUUUUUAUUCACAUAGAAACAGUACAAAUAUCCAACAACAACACCACCCCCACCACCACCAUCAACAAUAUAAUAAUAAUAAUACAUUCUUAACAAAACAUUACAUAGAUUUAAAUCAACAAAAUAUUACACCACCACCACCACACUCCCCUUUAUUGACCAUUAAUAAUAAUAAUAAUACUAACCUUUAUAAUCAUGAAGAUGAUCCAUAUCCAUCAUAUAUACAUGCAACAACAUGUUCUUCCCAGAAUGAAUUGGAUUCUAAAUAUAAGAAAAAUGAUAAACCAAUCAAUAAAUCAUCAUUAUUAUUAAAUCAUUAUAAUUCUGAUUAUAAUUUAACAUCUAUAAAACAAAUACAAUCCAUAUCAGAUGAAGAAUAUGCUAAUAAUAGUAAUAAUAAUAAUAAUAAUAAUAAUAAUAAUAAUAAUAAUAAUAAUAAUAGAUCAUUCAUUAAAACAAAAAUGAAAACACUUAAAGGGAAAGAUUAUCUAUUUAAAAGUACACGUGGUAGUGAUACAAAUAUUAUUGAUCCACAAUUACUUAAACCUUCAUUAAGACCAGUGAUUGAUAGUAGUGAUGAGAAUACAAGUGAUCUAUAUGAUGAUGAUGAUGAUGAUGAUAAUGAUGAUGAUGAUGAUCAAGGUGUUCAACGAUCACAAUCAAUGAGCAUUCCAUCUUCUAUAAUCAAUCCAUUACAAUCAAGAAUAUAUUCUAAAAAUAUUCAUCUUAAACAACUUAAAACUGAUAGUCAUGCAGCUAGACGUAAAAGUUUUCUAGCAAAUUAUUGUCAACAAACUAUUCAACAAGAUGAUGAACAAACUAAUGAAGAUAUAAAAAUAACUAAAAAUGAUAAAUUAGAUAAUGAAUUAAAUAAAACAAACAUUAAAUCAAGUCAAUAUGAAUCAACUAAUGAAUUGAAUAAUUAUAGAAUUAAAUAUUAUACUGAAGAUAAUAAUGAUUAUGUGAAUAACAGAGAUUUAACAUUCUUACAAAUAAAUAGAUCAAUUAAUACACGAUGUAAAUCUAGUGAUUCUGGAUUAAACUACUUUAAUCACUUUAUGAGUAGUAAUAAAGAUUAUAAGAAAUUAUCAAAUACACGAGAACUCCCAUCAAUCCAUCAUCAUCAUCAACAACAACAACAACAACAACAACAACAACACCAUCACCAGGAUUAUCAUUCUAUCAGAAGAAAAUCUCGAACAAAGUCAAAAUAUCAUUAACAAUUAAAUCUAAUUAUAGUAUAUGAUCAUAAAUGACUUGCAUUGAAUGAAUGAAUUAGCGAAUUUGGGGAUAUUUUAACAAAUGAAUUUAAUUUGUUGUGUAAAUCAUUGAUUGAUAUUGGCGUUUUGUAUAUUAAAACAAUCUAAAUUAAGAGAAUGUAAUAGUUUAAUGUCAGUUUGAUGUGGGGUUUGUUUCAUUUUUUGUUUGUUUGUUUGUUUGUUCAACUUCUAUUUUUCUUUUUUUUUUCACAUUUACAUUUUGAUCAUUUUAAUGUUGAAUAAAUUAACUACAAAUGUAAAUACAUUAAUAUUUGUUGAUGAUAUGUAGAUUGAAUUUUGAACUACAUUUAAAAUUGAUCAAAGUUAUAGUGGGGACAGUCCACUCUCCCUCUCGAAAUGCUCUCAC